AUGAUCGCGCUCCCUCAGAGGGCAAAGCGACCGCGAUCUCCCUCUCCUACUUUCGAGCCAGACAUCGCAUCCCCACUGGACGUGCUGCUUAAGCGGCGGCGAAGAGACACACAUCAACAACAGCCUUUUGGCUUUCCAGAAACACCACAUUCGACACAGUCGCCUGUACAUGGCUAUGAGCCUGACUACUUUCAGCAGGGAGGCAACGGUGUGCCGCAUACGCCUGGCAGUGGCGAAAGUCCGCAUGGCGUCUACGGGCAACAACACGCGUUCAACAACGCGCACGCGGAAAGCAGCUCCGCUGCCCAACUGCGAGCGGCAGGGUUGAACCAGGCCGGGGUGGGCAUAGGCGUUGAGCGGAGACGAACCAAGCAAUGGAAUCGUAUCAACGCACCUAUGCCCCUUCAGCAACAUCAGGCGACCCAGCAACCUGUGAAUGCUCUGACCACACCUACCACACAUGCCGGUGUCUAUCAGACACAACCUACAUCAGCUUUCCCGUUCCCUACCCCUCCUCCGCCUCCGAGGGUAGUCUCAACGCGGGCAGCUCCUCUUAUGUCUUCGUCACCUAUCCGGAAUCAACCGCCGUCAUCUUCGCCGUUUAGGGACAGGCCCAGUAAUGAUGAUCUGGUUGCACCAGAAGAAAUGUGUGAACCUAUGGACGAGGAGGAGAUGGUACGGAACUGGGGAGAAGCAUAUGCCGAGCAGAAUUCAAUCCUGCAUUCUCUACACAUGACGAGAAUGAAGUUUCCACCCCAUGCCUCUCCGCAAUCACAUCCCUCAUACUCUUCACACUCUUCUUCCAACCCUUGGCGUACCCCUAUGGCGUCUUCAUCCACCCUCUUCUCUCCUGGCCCCUCCCGUUUUGCCCAGGAAGCCGCGGGGCAAGUCAGCCCUCACCCCUAUCGCACACCCUACCAAUCCUCACCAUUCACUCCUGCUCGGCCGUCGGGGAAUCACGUCUCCUACAUGUACCCCACCUCGUCGAAUCAACCUCCUUCUGAUAUACCCUCCUCCAGUGAGAGGCAUCGAUUCAGGGGUGAAGAUGAUGAUAUGGGUGAAAUGGAGGCUGAAGCCGAGAUAGUGGUUGAGAGCGACGCGGAAAGGGAGGUGGCGAAUCGAUACGAAGAAGCAAACAAGUUGCUGGGGGAGCUGGCGAUGGUAAGAAGGCAAAGAUGGGGACAAGAAGAAUAA